AUGCGCGGCAUGGCACUGGCUAGCGCUACUUCUGGGUUUGAAGCUAGAGUGCGCGGUGUACUCCGCCGGCUCACUAAAGAACAGCGAGGCCAUCUUCGGACCGUAGGUGCGGAGGCAUACCGACAACGACAGCGAGAGCGAGAAGCAGAACUGGAAUCGCACCAAGAAGCCCACAAUGACACGUAUGGACAACAAGGCGAGGAUGGCCUUGAAGUCAUUGAGGUGAAGCGAAGUGAUCUGCCUCAUCCACAUCAAUAUGAAAAUGGGAAAGCUGGGUCGUACUGUGAGCGAACUGAAGCGACGGGGGCUGGUCUUCGGUGA